GUGAAAGUAUCCCCCCAACGGCUCGGUGUGGUGCUGGAACAACAAGGAGCGAUUUCUACCAAUGUAUAAUCAUGAGUCUGAUCUUAAAGAUACUCGGCUUCUUGCAUCUUUGUUUGGGUGUGCGGUGUGUCCACCAGGUGUCAUGGCUGCCCUGUCAGUUCACUGAUGAACACGUGUUUGUGAAUAACGAGGGUCACACUGAGACUCAGCUCAUCCACAGAGAGGCCAUGCUGCAGUUUGGUCAGAAAGGAGACGCUCCAGUUAAUCCAAAUGCCAUCACUUUCCUGAUCACUGGAUCGAAGUUGGACCUGCGGCGGUAUUCAGAUGGACUGGAUGCAGAUCAGUUGGAGUGUGAGCUGCGUAGGUACAGUACAGAGGGCAUCUAUGUCCGCUGGCCAAUCCAGGAGGCCCAGGAGUAUAACCGCUGGUUCACCUGCACCCUCAGACACUCCAAGGACCUGUUCACAGUCAUCGCCUUCCUCAGAUACCCAUCCAACCAGGCUCCCCCAGGACAGCAGGACUACCGCAGCUGGCCUGCCAUAGAGGACAGAGAGAUACUCACAACAACAGUUGCCAUGGUCAUUAAAACACUGACUCCAUCAGUGAAAGCGGGCCUGGGCUCCCAGCAGAAGCUCCACUGUCAGUUUGCUGUCGACCACAAAGGACCAAACGUCACGGUGGAGUGGCACAUGCAGCAUCGUGGAGAAAGAACCAGACUCUUCAGUCACAACAGCCGCUUAGGACAGACCCAGGGGACGGGGGUGGGGCUGAGGAGCCUAGGAGGUGGCGAUGUUACCUACACCCUCCCGUUCACCAAGAUGAGGAGUGAAGGAACUUACAUUUGUUCGAUUUCAGUGAUGCCACUCUCCGUCAGCCUGGAUAUAAAUCUGAAUAUUGAAGAGCCUCCCCGUGUCUCCCUCAACAUCGGACCCACUCUCUCCCUGCAGGAAGGCGGGGAGCAGAAGGUCACUUGUGAUGCGGACAGUUACUUCCCUCUGGAUGUGGAGAUCAUUUGGUACGUGCAGGACCCGGCAGUGUCAGGCCAGAGGGUGGGCGCUCCUCUUCCCAGGGUGCUUGAGAACGUUCUGCUGUCCAGCCACAAACACAACCAGGACAAGACGUACUCACUGACGGCGUUCUUCUACCUCCAGGCGUCACUCAGGGACUCAGGGAAACAGUUCACAUGCAGCGUUUCACAUCGGUCUCUGAGGGUGCCCAUCAGGAAGAGCUUCAUCCUGACUGUUGAAGAGCCGACCAGCUGGAUGUUUUACUUCACUGUUGGCUUCCUUAUGGUCGCACUGGCUGUCGUCCUGUAUGUGCUGCUGCGUUACCUGGACUCAGCAAGAAAAAAAUCACUGCAGAAGAAGCCGUACUGAGCAGCCAUGGAGGACUGAGCAGAUUAAGAGGAGGAACACCAGUGACGGUCCUCCUCCCUCCUCCUCCCUCAAACAUUUUUGUUUCAGAAUGUCUCAGACGUUUGAAUUUUGUUUGUUUAAAGGUGAAUUUGGGUUUCUGUGAAACUGAUUUUGUUUCUUUGUGUGUGUGUGUGUGGUAUUAAUUUUGCUUUGAUUUUGCUGAUGCUAAAAACUUGAUACUGAAGUAAGUGAUUGGCCUCCUGGACGAACGACUUUUUGACUCCUAGUAUCACCAUGGUAACACACAUGCAAGUGCAAGAGGCAGAUGGCUCACAUCCUUGCUGUGGGUUUCACACUUUUCCAGCGAUCUACAGACGGUGGGAGAGUGCAAAGAAGCACAGCAGUCAACCAACAUGGAUGAAAACGACACAUGAUUUGAAAUAAAAUCAACUUUGCUAAUGUUUAUAUGAGGAAGUAAAUGCAUUUAACACACUUGUCAGACCUCAGCGACACUCACAAGGCAGUCUGGUGAGAAACACUGAAUGUACAGGGUUCCCACACAUGUUCAUGGACAAAAUUUCAAAACUUCUCCAGGACUUUUCAAGGACCAUUAAUAAAAUUUAAUUUCGGAUUAUCAUGCACUUCACUGGUUACAGUACUUUCCUUCACACACACAUGCAGGAGAGUCAAACACCACCACACUACGUCACAUAUACACAUAAUGUCUAAAAGCAGAAGGCUUGGCCGGUGUAAGUCAUGGAAAAUGAGAACUGAACUCAAGCAUCAAAUAAGUUAAUAAUUUGCCUUACUUGACAUUGAACGUCCUUUGAUGCGACUUUUGUGCAUCACAGUGUCGAUGCUGAAACGAUAUAUCGUGCAGCCCUAAGCUGACACAUAUCAGAGCUACGUUAUGUCAGCGGUUAACUUACAGAAAAUAAAUUUGCUGUUAUGUUACAUUAUGUAGAAGGUUAUCCCUUUUUCAGAUUCAGGUUUUCCAGACCUGGAAAAAAUGACAUUGUAAACGUCCAUGACUUUUUAAAGUUUUGCGUGACCGUGGGAACCCUGAGUGUAAUCAGAACUUUUGUUUGUUUACAAGAAAAUUCAACAAUGCAUCUGUGAUGAAAUGUACAGUACCUGCAGUGUGAGAUUUUAUUGCUGAACAAGGUAAUAACACGGUUAAUAACCUCCCCCCUGCACACCAGGUACUGCAUGUAAAGAUUGGGAUUGAUAUUUAAAAAGUUUAUAUAAUUAAACAGCUGAGGAAAUGAAGGUCAAA